CCUGGGGUUGGUGCAGUGUCUCCAGAGCCCUGGACAAAAGGCUGUGGAGGGGGCGCAGGGAGACACGGACUCUGACCAGCCCGCUCUCCCUGGCCGUAGGAGUCAGACAUGCCGGAUGAGGUCAAUAUCGAUGAGCUGUUGGAAUUGGACAGUGAAGAGGAAAGAUGCCGGAAAAUCCGGGGACUCUUGGAGGCUUGUGGAAAUCCCACAGAGGACUUCGUCCAGGAGCUUCUGGCCAAGCUUCGGGGCCUGCACAAGCAGCCGGGCUUCCCACAGCCCAGCCCCUCAGAUGACCCCAGCCUGAGCCCCCGCCAGGACCGGGCCCACACUGCCCCACCCUGACUGCGCCCGCCUCUGCGCUCCGCACCCAAAGCCCAGAUUGUUUCUAAGUUGUAUUUAAGGGUUCCUUAACUGCC